AUGAACGUGGAAGUACAAUGGAAGAAGUUGGUCAAGCCGUCGGUACCGACGCCAAACAACCGGCAAAAAUUGAAGCUCUCAUCAGUGGAUGAGAUUCAAAUGCCAAAUUAUACGGGCAUUAUCUUCUCCUAUAGAGAUAAUGCUGAGAAUCACAGAGUUGAUAUUCCUCAGAGGCUUGGCCAAAUGGAGGAGUCACUGUUCAAAACCCCACAGCUCUUUUAUCCUAUGGCACGGAGAUAUGUCGAGGACGAUGGCUGUUUCAUCGAGUGCAAUGACCCUGGAGUCGAGUUCAUCCACGCCAAAGUGGAUGGCCAAAUGGACAAGCUUCUCCAUGGAGACCCCGACAUGGAUUUGCUUGAUCAUUUGUCGACAUUCCCGACCAACGUGGUGGGCAAUUCGUUAGUCGCGAUUCAAGUGAAAACGUUCGAGUGUGGUAGAUUAGUGAUUGGCCUGCGCUUUACACGCAAGAUUGGCGACAUCUCCACCAUGGCCAUGUUCAUUCAUUCGUGGGCAGCCGCUUGCCGAGGACCAUAG